AUACAUAAACAUACAUACAGACAUAUGUACCCAACGCUCGGGCAGCUUUUUCUCAGUAGUAGUCUUUAUAUUUUCUACUUUUCGGACCGAAAUCCGAGAUGGGUUCCGGGUACCAAGUGUUUUUGGGUAUGUUAGUUGAAGCUCUGUUAGUGUGUCUCUUUUUCGUAAAAGAAGCAAGAACAGAGCUAGUUUACAACAAUGUGAGCAGUCUGAGAGAAGGAGAGGCAGUGGGAGGGUGUAAUUUGUUUCAAGGAAAAUGGGUAAUUGAUCUUUCAUAUCCCUUCUAUUCAAGCUGUCCCUUCAUUGAUGAUGAGUUUGAUUGCAAAAGUCGCCCAGAUAAGCUCUACCUCAAGUAUGCUUGGAAACCAGACUCCUGUUACUUACCCAGGUUCAAUGGGUACAUUUUUCUAUCGAGAUUGAGGGGGAAGAAGAUAAUGUUUGUGGGUGACUCGCUGAUUGAGAACCAGUGGGAAUCAUUGGCGUGUAUGAUUCACGCGUCCUUGCCCAAAACCAGGAUCAGUUAUGUGAAGAGGGACACACUCUCUUCGGUGAUUUUUCAGGACUUUGGAGUAACAAUACUUCUGUAUCGGUCGCAUUAUUUGGUGGAUAUAGUUAAAGAAAAAAAGGGGCGAGUACUAAAUCUGGACUCCAUCCAAGGUGGCAAUUCAUGGAAGGGGAUGGACAUGCUGGUAUUCAACUCGUGGCAUUGGUGGACCCACAAAGGAAAAUCUCAGCCAUGGGAUUACGUUCGAUUUGGGUCCACCCUUUCGAAAGAUAUGGAUCGUGUGACGGCAUUUUAUAAAGGGUUGACCACAUGGGCCCGAUGGGUUGACCUCAAUGUUGAUCCUUUCAAAACAAAAGUCUUCUUCCAAGGGAUUUCUCCCACCCAUUAUGAUGGCAAGGAGUGGAAUUCAAGAGCAGAUGAUUGCCGUAGUGAGCAACAACCACUGACCGGUUCAACUUACCCAGCAGGCAAACCUCCAGCUGAUACUGUUGUAAAAGCAGUACUGAGUAGAAUGAGGAAACCUGUUUAUCUGCUCGACAUCACAACACUUUCACAACUGAGAAAAGAUGCCCACCCUUCUCAUUAUGGUGGAGACUCGGGCACAGACUGCAGCCAUUGGUGCCUUCCUGGAUUACCCGAUUAUUGGAACCAACUCCUAUAUGCAGCUCUUACUUGAAAUCAAAGACUCCAAAGCGAUCAUUUCUUUUCUCUUUUUAUUUUCCAUUCCUAUUUAAUGGCAUUGGUUGUGUAUUUAGGAUGGUAAGCAUUACUCUACUUCUGCUAGGCAUUGUCCUACUGCUGUAAGGAGAUAAUAAAGGGGACAAUAAUCAAUUGUAAAGUCUGUUGUUAUUUUUAAUGACAAAUAAUUGUUUAGCUUUGAACCAAUCACAAA